AUGUCAAAUCAAGAACGUAAAAUUGACGUUAAACCAUCUAACUAUUCUGUUAUUGAUAAUGAAUUUGAAAGUAUGAGAGAACGUUUUGAAAACGAAAUGCGCCGUGUUGAAGAUGAAAUGCAACGACUUCGUCGUGAAUUUGAAGUUUAUACACCAAAUAAAACUUCUCCACUAGGAGGAACUCAUUCUACCACUAACAGCUAUAACAAUAGAAUUGAAAGUCAUAACUCAACUUUUGAUCGUAACUUUUCUUCACCUUCUGAUCGUUUUUACGGACAACCAACUGGAGAUUUAAUAAAACAUCAUCCAUCUGAUAUGAUGUCAAUAAGACCAACUUAUGAUCCAUACCUUGAUAAUUUAAAAAGUCCACUUAUCAAGGAUGAAAGUGAUGGAAAAACAUUAAGAUUAAGAUUUGAUGUUGCUCAAUAUAAACCAGAAGAGGUAACCGUAAAAACUGUUGAUAGUCGCCUUCUUGUUCAUGCAAAACAUGAAGAAAAAACACCAACACGAACUGUCUUUAGAGAAUAUAAUCAAGAAUUUAUGCUUCCUCGUGGAACUAAUCCUGAACUUAUUACAAGUACCCUUUCCACGGAUGGUGUUUUGACAGUUGAAGCUCCACUCCCGCAAUUGUCUAUUCAACAAUAA